AUGUCAAUACUACUUCUAAAGAAUUUUCUGAACCAAUCAACAAGGGGAUUGAGAUGCUUCUCUACAAGCCAAUCAAAAUUCAAUUUUGCAGAAGCUAAAUAUUGGACAUCAAAGGUGGAACCUAUCGAGGAGGAAGCCAAGAAGCAAUUAAUUGGAGUGAGAAAUUCGGGAAUCAUUCAUGGACACAUUGCUGUCAUGCCCGAUGUUCACAUGGGCAAAGGUUGUACAGUGGGCACAGUUAUUCCCACAAAAACAGCCCUUAUUCCUGCAGCAGUUGGAGUGGACAUUGGAUGUGGAAUGUGUGCAGUCAAGACAAGUUUAAAGGCCACUGAUUUGAAAUCGCUCGCAAGUAUCAGAAAUAGCAUUGAGAAGGUCAUCCCAGUCGGAUUUGGAAAACAUGAAAAGGGAAAUAUGCCAAAUUCUGUUGUUGACCUUUGGGAUACUCAACUACACAAUGGUUUUGAAAGAAUAUUAAACUUUAAAGAUAUCAAGCAAUCCUAUAGAGAUAGCAUUGAAGAAUCAAAUCAUAUUAACCACUUGGGAACCUUGGGAGGAGGAAAUCAUUUUAUAGAAAUUUGCCUCGAUGAAACAGACCAGGUUUGGAUUAUGUUACAUUCUGGAUCAAGAGGCGUUGGAAAUAUGAUUGGACGUGUGUUUAUUGAUCUGGCAAAGGAAGAUAUGUUAAAAACAUAUGGUUACCUGCCAAAUGGAAAUCAAGAUUUGGCCUAUCUCACUAAGGGAACUAACUAUUUUGAUGAAUAUUGGUUUGCAUUAAAUUGGGCGUCUGACUUUGCAAAAUUCAAUAGAAAAAUAAUGAUGGAGGAAGUGAUUAAAUCUUUGAGAAGAGGAGGACAAGUGGCAGAUCCAAAUUUCAAAGCAGAUCUCGUAGCAGUCAAUUGUCACCAUAACUAUGCUCAAUUAGAAAAUCACUUUGGAGAAGAUUUGUACAUUACACGUAAGGGAGCUGUAUCUGCAAAAAAGGGCGAGUUGGGAAUUAUUCCAGGUUCAAUGGGAAAGAAAUCUUAUAUAGUUAUUGGAAAGGGCAAUGCAGACAGCUAUUGUUCAUGUUCACAUGGAGCUGGAAGAAAACUAUCACGAGGACAAGCCAAAAAGACCUUCACCGUUCAAGAUUUAAGGGCACAAACCAAAGAUGUCGAAUGUAGAAAGGACGAAGGAGUUCUAGACGAAAUACCAGAAGCUUACAAGGAUAUUGAUGCAGUGAUGGAAAGUCAAAAGGAUCUUGUAGAUAUUUUGUAUACCCUUAAACAAAUUGUUUGUGUGAAGGGUUAA